AUGCAUUAAUAAAAAUCCGAUUUUUUAAGUGCAUGUAUAAAUAUGUUCAAAGGUUUAAUAGGUAUAGGAGUUUUAUCAUUACCAAUUGCAUUUUCGCGAAGCGGUUAUUUAACUGGAUUAUUUUUAUUAACGUUUUGCGGAUAACUAAUGAUAUAUGUAAGUAAAAAGAUGAUGGAAAUAGCUGACAAGUAAUUAUUUUAAGCCUAAAACAUAACCUAGUUUUGUAUUUAAACAUUGGGAAAAAAAUCAGAAUUAUUAAUAAAUAUAUGUUUAUUUGGAAUGCAAUUAAGUGUAUGUGUGGCUUAUGUGAUAUAUUUUACGAGUUAUUUUUAAGAGAUUUUCUGUAUUUUAAUAGUAAAUAGGUAAAAUUAUAUUUGUUAGUCAAGACUUAUUCCUUUAUUGUUUUCUUUGGUUUUAAUUUUCCCUUUAAUUUUUAUAAAGGAAAUUUCUAAAUUAUAAUAAUGGAGUCUAAUGGCGAAUAUUUUAGUGUUUUUUAGUCUUUCGGUUAUUUCUUUAUUUUGCAUCUAUAAUAUUUUUAUAAAUGGAGUUUCUUAAUAAAAAAGUGCAUUUAAAUUUGAUGGAUUAGGAAAUUCUGUGGGCGUAUUUAUUUUUACAUUUGAAGGAAUAGGCCUAUAUUUUGAUAUAAGAUAUUCUAUGAAAGAACCAUAUAGAUUUAAAUAAGUAUUAGAAUAUACUAUAAAUUUUACUAUAUUAUUAUACUCAUUAAUUGCUCUUUUGGGGUAUAUUACAUUCGGAGAUAAUGUUUAGGAUGUUAUUUUAUUUAAUUUACCUAUAAAUGGCUUUUUUUUCAAUUUUGUUUAACUUUGUUAUUGUGUUGCGUUGAUAUUUUCAUAUCCGCUUUAAAUUUUUCCUUUAGUAGAUGUUAAAAACUAGUAUAUUUAUGUCAACGAAAAUUAUUAAGAAAAUAAUGAUUUAGAUAAUAUUAAUUAAAAAAAAAUAUAAUAUGAAAUAAAAAGUGUUUUUGUAAGAGUUUUUUUUACUUUAUUUAUAUUUCUUUCAGCACUUUUAUUAAAUAAAGUCUCCAUUUUUAUUAACUUAAUAGGAUCAGUUUGUGGUACUACACUUUCUUAUGCGAUUCCUGUUAUUAUUUGUAAUAAAUGUAAUAAAAAUCUUAGUAAAGAGUAAUAUUAUAUUAAUUGUCUUAUUCUUAUAAUUGGAAUUGGAUUUGGUUUUUUUGGUAUAAAAUCUACUAUUUAAGCUUUUUAUAUAUGA